GAUGCGCCAAUGGUUAGACGGACAGAUGCUUGGGCGGAUCUAACGGCAUGCACACACGAGUGAGUGAGAUUGGGCAAAAACAUCCCGGAUCCGUGAAAGACUGCUCUUCCCUUUCAAUCUGCCCCUGUGAGCUCGACGCGCGGACGUUCAAGAGAUUCUGGACAUUCUGGUUUUAUUGAACGCUACGACUCCCAGUUGCCCCCUUCCGAGGGCUCGAUGCGCUUUCCUUUGCGGUCAAAUGUGAGAGGAGACAGCACGAUCGCGAGACGAAGACGCGGAGUUUAGUGGAAGAGGCAGUGUCUGACAUAUCACCCUCAGCUAGUAAACAGAGAGGACACAGUUCCCAUCUCCCCCUCUCAUCCAAUACGGACAACUUCGCCCUUUGUCCAAUACAAAGAAUUUACACUUGACUCCAAUUUACGCUUGCAAAAGCGAAAAAGAAAAAAAAAUCUCUCUCUUUAUAACACCGUUAUUUAUUAUUAUUAUUAAUAUUAUUUAUUUAUUUAUUUAUUUAUUUAUUUUAGUAGGUGCCAUGAUGAUGGACAUAUCUGGAAAAUGUUGAUCUUACCGUCUUAAAAAGUCCAUUCUGUGAAGAAAGUGUUUGAUAAAGGAUUUUCGGAAGUGACAUUACUGGAGAGCGCGAGAGGAAGACGCGUCUGCUUCGCCCGUUGCUGUUUUUAAAUACCUGCUACAAGCCCCACAAAGAAGACUAAAAGGUGCUAUUUAGCGGCCAAGAAAGUGUUUGGCAAUAGCUCAGUGAUCCAUGCUCUCGCAGCAGCAGCAGCAGCUGAGGCGCAGCCCGAGUCCAUCCCCUCCUUCUGAUGUGCGUUAUUACAAGCAGGAAUACCCAAUCAAACACCUAUCGCAUCGAUUCUCUCCGCGGCUUCCCAACGCGCGCGGACAAAAUAAGCAAACGAGGCAGCGCGCGGGCGACAAGUCCGUCCAUCUCCUCCUUCAAGCUUUUUGUCUUUACCCCGGUUUGUUUAUUAUAAAAGAGAUGGACGUUUGAAGGGCGGUGGGCACUUGGAGUCUUUGGGAUUUUCACAGAAAGCUAUCGGCGACAGCUAAGGUUUUUUUUUUUGGGCUUUUCAAAUUGUAGCCUAUGCGGUUACUCGGACCGGAUUCCUCAUGGAUAACGCGUUUAUUCAAGCGAUCGACUUGCCUGUUGCAGCUUCCAGCGCGGAGUGAGUGAGAAUCGCACUGAGGCACGAGCGGUUUUCCUCCCCACUGUCUCCGUCAUAUCCAGCAGACGCGCGGGGGGAAAGGGAAAGCGGGAAGAGGCGGAAAAUCCCGCUUCGUCUUCAUCCUCUUCAGAUCUUGCCGUUUGAAUUUUUGGUUUGAAAACUGCCAAUACAUGUCAGGCGUGUGAAAGCGCCCCAGGUGCCGUGUAUCAGAGCAGAAGCGGAGCAGCUCUCGGGAUCUCAGGGGCUCCUGAAGAAAACAUUGAAAGAGAAACAUGCCGCGGAGGAAACAGCAAGCGCCCCGGCGCUCGGCAGCAUAUGUGCCAGAGGAGCUAAAGGAGGCUGCCUUACUAGAUGAAGAUGUUGAAGGAGAGGAUUCAGCUGUGGAGGAGGAACCCGCCAUGAAGUAUGUGUGCCAGGACAAGGACUUACUCCUUAAAGACAGGCAAGGCUUCCAUGACUCUCCACCGGCGGAUUUCUCCAGCCAUGAAAUGGACAGCGAGUCACACCUGAGUGAGUCCAGUGACCGCAUGUCAGACUUUGAGAGUGCCUCAGUGAAGAACGAAGAAGACAGUUCAGCCAAGGAGCCCCUCACAUCUCUUUCAUCAACUUCAUCUGUGAUGAUGACGACAACAGCCACGCCAAUCAGUGAGGAGGCAACAACAUUAGGCCCAGACAGCCUGGAGCAGAUGAAAGCUAUCUAUACUAGCUUCCUGACCAACUCCUACUGGUCAUCGCUGAAUUUGAAUAUGUCUCAGCAAUCAGCAGAAAAGCCCCCACGUAGUCACAGUAGUAGCAGCAGCAGUAGUAGCAGCAGCAGUAGCUGUGGUAGUGGUGGUUACGAUUGGCACCAGACAGCAGUAGCUAAGACCUUGCAGAAUGUUUCACAGAACCAGAGUAGACUGCUGCACCCAGCAUCUGAGCCAAACCUCUUUAGUACUGUGCAGCUUUAUCGGCAGAGCACCAAACUCUAUGGUUCUAUCUUCACUGGUGCAAGCAAGUUCCGCUGCAAAGACUGCAGUGCCGCCUAUGACACUCUGGUUGAGCUUACCGUGCACAUGAAUGAGACGGGUCAUUACCGAGAUGAUAACCAUGAGACAGACAGUGAAGGUGCCAGGCGCUGGUCGAAGCCUCGCAAGCGUUCCCUGCUGGAGAUGGAAGGAAAAGAGGAUGCCCAGAAAGUUCUUAAGUGCAUGUACUGUGGCCAUUCCUUUGAGUCACUGCAGGACCUUAGUGUUCACAUGAUAAAGACAAAACACUACCAGAAAGUGCCUCUUAAGGAACCAGUAACUCCCAUGGCAGCCAAGAUUAUCUCUUCAGCUCGUAAAAGAGCCCCCAUUGAACUAGAACUCCCCAGCUCACCAGAUUCCAAUGGUGGCACCCCCAAGCCUUCUUUGUCUGACCCCAAUGACUUUCUUCAAAAGACCCCCAAUCCGUACAUCACAUCUAACAAUCGGUAUGGACACCAGAAUGGUGCUAGUUAUGCAUGGCAGUUUGAGUCACGGAAAUCCCAGAUUUUGAAGUGCAUGGAGUGUGGAAGCUCACAUGACACACUACAGGAGCUGACAGCCCAUAUGAUGGUCACAGGACACUUCAUCAAGGUUACUAAUUCUGCCAUCAAGAAAGGCAAACCUAUAAUGGAGUCAAUGUCCACAACGGCUCCUAACACCAUACCUACUAAUGAAGAGAAGGUACAGUCAGUGCCGCUGGCUGCCACCGCAUUUUCCCCACCACCACCUGCACCUCCUCCCCCUAGUAUUUCCCCUGCCAUGACACCCAUGGAGAUUAAAAAGGAGGAGAAGGAAGUAGAAUGUACCAAGGAGACAAAUGAUAUCAAAGACAAGAAGUCAACAGAAAGUGACACUGAUGAGAAGUUUGAAGUCUCAUCCAAAUAUCCAUAUUUGACAGAGGAAGAUCUUGAAGAAAACCCUAAGGGGGGGUUUGACAUUCUGAAGUCUCUGGAGAAUACAGUAACAUCUGCCAUUAACAAAGCACAGAAUGGCACACCCAGCUGGGGAGGCUACCCCAGUAUUCACGCUGCCUACCAGCUUCCAAACAUUAUGAAACUGUCCCUGCGCAGCUCAGGGAAAAGUUCUCCUCUGAAAUAUAUGUUUUCAGGAGAAGAGAUCCUGUCUCCUAUCAAAAGCCAACCUCUAAUUUCUCCACCUAGUUGCCAAACAUCCCCUUUGCCCAAAAACAACUUCCAUGCUAUGGAGGAGCUAGUCAAAAAAGUCACAGAAAAAGUGGCCAAAGUAGAGGAGAAGAUGAGGGAUCAUGGAGCUAGAUCUUCCCCACUUAGACGGACCACACCCUCCCCUUGCAGUAGCGAUGCAGGGGAAUCUGCCAGAGGGGAGUCCCCAAAGGAAAGGAGAGGAGCCAAAACCCCUGAGACUAAUGGGAGUGGAAACACUCACAAAGACUCAAAUGGUGAUGCUCUUACAAAAGAGUUUCUGGAGAAUGGUACUGACCAUGUUGUCAAAACCCCUGUGUCUACCCUAUGCAGCAGCACUGCUAUUAUAACCGACCAUCCUCCAGAGCAGCCAUUUGUCAACCCUUUAAGUGCGCUUCAGUCUGUCAUGAAUGUUCACCUAGGAAAAGCUGCCAAACCUGCCCUGCCAUCCCUUGACCCCAUGAGCAUGCUCUUCAAGAUGAGCAACAGCCUGGCAGAGAAGGCAGCUGUAGCUGCCUCCACUCCAUCUCAGACCAAAAAAACCAACGAUCAUCUAGAUCGCUACUUCUACCACAUCAACAAUGACCAGCCUAUUGAUCUGACCAAAGGCAAGAGCGAUAAGAACAACUCCCUGGGAUCUGCUGCCCUGUCCUCCUCUACCUCCACUCCCACCUCAAUUUCACCAUCAUCAACCAUCACUAUGGCAAAAGCCUCAUCUGCUGUGGCUUCCUUCAUGUCCAGCUCACCUCUGCGUGAAAAUGCCCUGUCCGACAUCUCUGAUAUGCUACGCAACCUCACAGAGAGCCAUGCAUCCAAGUCCUCCACACCAACGAGCCUUUCAGAGCGCUCAGAUAUAGAUGGAUCGACUGCAGAGGAAGCAGAGGAGAUCUCUCCCGCUCAGAAACGAAAGGGUCGGCAGUCCAACUGGAAUCCUCAGCAUCUACUUAUCUUGCAGGCACAGUUUGCCUCCAGUUUGCGGCAAACGGGUGACGGCAAGUACAUUAUGUCAGACCUUAGUCCACAGGAGCGCAUGCAUAUUUCCCGAUUCACUGGCCUCUCAAUGACCACCAUCAGCCACUGGUUGGCCAAUGUCAAAUACCAGCUGAGGCGGACAGGUGGCACAAAGUUCUUGAAAAAUCUAGACUCUGGCCACCCUGUCUUCUUUUGCAGUGACUGUGCAUCACAGAUUCGUUCCCCCUCUACCUAUGUCAGCCAUCUUGAGUCACAUCUGGGCUUUCGGCUUAGGGACCUGGCUAAGUUGUCUGGAGAGCAUCUUGUUACCAAGAUAUCACGCCAUAGCAAGGGACUUUCUGAGAAACUGCUUUCAACCCAAGCACAUUCUUUGGCCCAUUCAAUCCCCAACCCCAGCCCUCACUCACUUUCCCCCUCCCCCUCCCCAGAUGAGGAGGCAAAUGGGACCUCAUAUCAGUGUAAACUGUGUAACCGGACUUUUGCCAGCAAGCACGCUGUCAAGCUCCAUCUGAGUAAGACCCAUGGUAAAUCCCCUGAGGACCAUCUUAUGUAUGUUAGUGAACUUGAGAAACCUUAGCGAUGGCCAAGGACAAAAACUGUCCUUAUUUCCUGUCCUUUUUCAAGCCUUCUGACUAACAUUUCUUAAGGAAAAAAUAUAUAUAUAUAUAUGUAUGUAUAUAUAUAUAUAUAUAUAUAUAUAUAUAUAUAUAUAUAUAUAUAUAUAUAUUAAAAGAACUGAAAGUAAUUAAUGAAGAACUAACUGCACAUAGAUGCCAGAAAACUACUGUUUAGUUUUGGCACAACAUUUGGAGUUUUCCUCUGGGGAACACUCAUUUGACCCUACAGACAUUACUUUUUUUAUUUCACAAUGAAAAACAGAGAAAAUGAUAACAAAUGAUUUUCUAACUGUGCAGUGCUGAGUGAAGAGGUCACUGGUAAAAUAUGAAGGUAAAUAAAAAAAAGACUUAAAAUGAAGUUGUAUGUAUUUGAAAGGUGUGUAUUUUUUUUUUUUUUUUUUUUUUUUUUUUUUUUUUUUUGCAUCCUUGAGAUGCAAUAAGCUGCAUGCAUUAAUGAAAUGGUUUAGUUCAAUAUUUGAUAACUAAAUCUGGGCUUUUCUUCAUCUCUCUCUUUACUUCUCUCUUAUUUUUUAUCCUGUUCCCCCUUUUUUCUUUCUUUUUUUCUUUUUCUUUUUUUAUGUGACCUAAGUAUGCUGGUAUCAGCAGCAAAAUUUAACCCUCUGAGUACGCCUAAAUAUUUCUUUAUUUACAACACCCCCAAAAGGUAAACUAAUAUAUAUAUGUGUGUGUAUAUAUAUAUAAAGAGGGAAAUUAAGCGAUUGGAAAUCACCAAGUUUAUAUGUAUUUGAGUGGGUAAAUUCAAGGGUAUUUUGACUAUCCACUAAAAAUCGCAUUGUCUUAUAGAUCACCUCUUACACAGCUUGCAGUGCAGAAAUGUAUGUGAAUCCAAAAUAGCAGUUUUUAGUUUGCUCAAAUCAGGGGCCUUUAUGAAUUCAGGUCAGUGUAAAAAUGUGUACAUAAACAGAAAAAAAACUUUCUGUCUAAAUUAUGCAUCAUUUUAUAUUUUUUAAUUUAAGAUGAGUAUGAUUAUCUACUGGUGCACAAUAUAUGAAGAAGUUAAUGAAAUUGUUUUGCACAAUAGUUUUAUAAAUAUGUUAUUUAAUCAAAAGAUAUGAAAAUGAGAAGAAGAAAAAUCACCCUAAAGUUUUAUUUCCACCUCGUGCUCAAAGGGUUAAACUUCUUGUACAAGACAGUACUUGUUCCAUCAUUUCACUUAAAUUGUUGUAUAAAAAGAUGCUACUUUAUAAUGUAAGGAGGAAUUCCACAAUGUAACCUUUUAUUUAUAAACACUAUUGGUUGUUGUUUCA